AUGUCUCAACAAAACAAUACUGAAUCAUCUGCUGCUACCACUGCUGCUACUCAACCAAGCGUUCCUGCCUAUAAUUUGUUAGGAAGUUCUGGAUUGAGAGUAUUCCCAUUAUGUUUGGGAACCAUGGGUUUCGGCCAAAAUCCAAUUACCAAGACUUUUGGUAUUGGUGGAAGUGAUGAAGAAAGUGAAAAGAUUCUUCUCAAGUAUUUGGAAAUUGGAGGAAACUUUAUUGAUACUGCCAACUUCUAUGCUAUCGGAAAGAGUGAAGAAUUGAUUGGUAAUCUCAUUAAGAAACACAAUCUCAAUCGUGAUGAAUUGAUCAUUGCCACCAAAUUCUCACUUCCAAUGACUCAACAUGCCAACGGUGGUGGAAAUCACAAGAAGAAUUUAAUUCAAUCACUCGAUGCCUCCCUCAAGAGAUUGCAAUUGGAUUAUGUUGAUUUAUUCUAUGUCCACUUUUGGGAUUUCACCGUUGAUGCCAAGCAAUUAAUCAUUUGGUUAGACGAAAUUGUUAAAAGUGGUAAAGUUUUGCAUGUUGCUGUUAGUGAUAUGCCUGCUUAUCAAGUUGCCAUUGCUAAUACAUAUGCUGAAGAUCAUGGAUUGACUAAAUUUGUUGCCUAUCAAGGAAGAUAUUCAUUGGUUGAUAGAGCUUUGGAACAGGAGAUUAUUCCAAUGACUAAAUCUUUGGAUCUUGGAACUGUUCCUUGGGGAGUACUUGGUGCUGGUAAAUUGACUGGAAAGAAAUUGAGAAAUCAAGAAGAAAAAUCCGAAACUGAAAGAAAGUUUGUUGAAAUGAGUCAAACAGAUUAUGAUAUUCAAGAUGUUGUCAUUGAAAUUGCAAAGGAAUUGAAUAGAACUCCAUCACAAGUUGCCAUUAAUUGGAUGAUUUCUCAAGGAGUGUCAAGUGUCUUGAUUGGACCAAGAACUUUGGAACAAUUUGAAGAUAACAUUAAGAGUUUGGAAUUUAGAUUAAAUCAAGAACAAUUGAAGAGAUUGAAUCAAGUUAGUGCAAACUCUCCUUCAUUGAUUUUCCCUUACAAUUUCAUUGGACAAGAUACUCAAUCGGCUAGUAUGUUAUACUUUAAUGGAAACAAGUUCUCUAUCAAUAAAAAAUAA